AGCCACCAGAACCACGACGUUGCUCACAACACCCCUACCAUGUCGAACGAGACGAGCGGGGACACGCCAGCGUCGAAUCCAGACGCUGAUCUCGCCCAGGCUUUCAAGGAGCUUCAACGAGGCGAACACACCGCAGCGGCCCUCGAAAAUCACCUCGAUUCGCUUGAAAAGAAGAUUGAGGAGCUCUUGGCGCAAGCAGAAAAGGCUGAGCAAGAAAUGAAGGAUCACCCAUCAUCAGCACCCGACAGUUUAUCGAAAGCCGAGGGCAAGAGCUCGUAGUCAAAGUCGACGGGUCUUUGUAAUAACAUCAACUCUCACGAGCUCCACGACCGUCAUGAACUACAAACAAGGGGAUAAAUGGACAGAGCGGAUUACCUCUGGAGCUAGCAUAUUGCUCGCGCAGUAACAUAAAUGUCUCAUGAAACUGGCGCCAUUGUAUGUCAGACCUGUG